GAAACAAGCAUGCACCAACCAGAUCGGACCAUGUUGUCUCUUUAAAGUAGCCUACGCGAGAAGUGUCUGGCCAUAGCAGUCGAGCAGUGUUUGAAAUUGGAUCACAUUCAUACCAGCCACAUCGCUGCUAGCUUACUCUACGAAACGGUGAGCCAUCAUGCCCUCAGGUCUCUCCAGUAAAGAUAUGGUGGUGGGCCCUGCUCCUUCCGGCUGCCCUUACACUGCCAAGCUCCACAGCAUACACCUCAAUGGGGACGCCAACCCGAACGGUACCGGAGUCUUGGUCCCAGGCUCCAACGGUGAGAGCCACACGAGUACUGAUGGCAAACCCAACGGCGAGGCCAACGGCGGGCCAGCUUUGAAUGGCAACAGCCCCCACAAGUUCCCCUCGAGCGGGGAGCAAGUCAGCCACAAGGUUCAAAACGGGUCGACCCUUGUGAACGGGAAUGAAGUGGAGAAUGACCUGGAGAAUGGGGAGGCCAGCGUGGAGGAGAGGAACUGGAUCCGUCCAGACCUGCCCAGCAGAUGCACCUGGAGGCUGGGCAUGUCUCACGCUGAUUCACCUCACAGCCACCCUGAACGGACCAAACCGCCUGGCAUCCUGCCCAACAUCCUGCGCCGAAUUGGUGACACGCCUCUGGUCCGCAUGAACAAGGUCAACAAAGCCUUCGGCCUCAAGUGUGAACUCUUGGCCAAGUGUGAGUUCUUUAACGCGGGGGGCAGUGUGAAGGACCGGAUCAGCCUGCGGAUGGUGGAGGACGCCGAGAAAGCUGGCCUCCUCAAGCCCGGCGACACCAUCAUCGAGCCCACCUCUGGCAACACAGGUAUCGGCCUGGCUCUGGCCUCGGCUGUGAAGGGCUACCGCUGCAUCAUCGUCAUGCCUGAGAAGAUGAGCAUGGAGAAGGUCGACGUGCUUCGAGCCCUGGGGGCGGAAAUCGUGCGCACGCCCACCGCCGCCCGCUUCGACUCGCCCGAGUCUCACGUGGGCGUGGCCUGGCGCCUGAAGAACGAGAUCCCCAACUCGCACAUCCUGGACCAGUACCGCAAUCCCAGCAACCCCUUGGCCCACUACGACACCACUGCCGAGGAGAUUUUGGAGCAGUGUGGCGGUAAAGUGGACAUGCUGGUGGCCGGAGCUGGCACAGGGGGCACCAUCACUGGGAUUGCACGCAAGCUGAAGGAGCAAUGCCCCAAUAUCAAGAUCGUGGGGGUGGACCCGGAGGGCUCCAUCCUCGCUGAGCCAGAAGACCUCAACAAGACCGAUAAGACCCAGUACGAGGUGGAGGGCAUCGGAUACGACUUCAUCCCGACCGUCCUCGAUAGAUCUGUGAUUGACAGAUGGUACAAGUCCAAUGACGAGGACUCUUUCGCCAUGUCACGCAUGCUGAUCAAGGAGGAGGGGCUUCUGUGCGGGGGCAGCUCCGGCACUGCCAUGGCCGCCGCAGUGAGGGUGGCCCAGGAGCUGAAGGAGGGCCAACGCUGUGUGGUCAUCCUGCCGGACUCCAUCCGCAACUACAUGUCGAAGUUCCUGAGUGACAAGUGGAUGUGUGAGAAGGGCUUCCUCAGCCCAGAGGACCUGAUGGUCUCCAAACCCUGGUGGUGGAACCUGACUCUGCAGGGUCUGAACCUGUGCGCCCCCCUCACUGUCCUCCCCUCCGUAACCUGCCAGAAGACCAUCAGGAUCCUGAAGGAGAAGGCCUUUGACCAGGCCCCCGUGGUGGACGAGUCUGGUAUGAUCCUGGGGAUGGUGACUCUGGGUAACAUGCUGUCCUCUGUCCUGGCUGGGAAGAUCAAGCCUUCUGACCCCGUCAGCAAGGUGCUCUACAAGCAGUUCAAACAGGUGCGACUGACAGACAACCUGGGAAAGCUGUCUCGUAUCCUAGAGACGGACCAUUUUGCCCUGGUGGUGCAUGAGCAGAUGCAGUACAUGGCUGACGGCUCUGUCUGCACCCGGCAAAUGGUGUUUGGCGUGGUGACAGCCAUCGACCUCCUCAACUACAUCACCACACGCGAGAGGCGGGAGCGCACGCUGUCCGAGUGCUCGCUGUCCUCGCUCACCGAUGAGAUGUGAGAACUUCCUGUCGAAGGCGCGAGGAGGAGGAGGAGGCGGCCGCCCACUCGCCGAGACGCAACCCCCGAGCAUCAGCGAGAGGGAUGGUGUUGAUGCGGCUGGUCUUGUGGUGUAUUUUUGUUUGCCAUCUGUUUGGGCGACAUCUGUCUCUUGUUUAUCUGGCUGUAGAUAAGGAUUCGCUGUUGGCGUACGCUGCCGGUGAGGUGCUUAACUGCGCUCUUCAAAAGCUUUACAGUAGUUUUCUGCUCACAUUUCAAAUGGAGAAAUGAUACCACAGAACAGGGCAUCUUCCAAGACAUUAUAGGUCUUUUGAGUGGAUUGAUUUCAUCAAAUCUCUAGUUUACUUGAACUUGAAUUACCUAGGUCAGGAUUUACCCUUUUCUUUUCAAAGUAUAAAAUCAAGAUGAACAUCUAAGUAUUUGAUCACUUAUACAGCUGCCAUUAAGAGGUGAUGACUUCAUGUACACAAAUAAUACUAACCCUUUCAGUUCUGUUUGUUUGCUUUAGUUUAGGGUUGUUUUCGGACAAGUUUAGGGUUGUUUCGCUGCACCCCUUAGUGGUGGAUUAGUGUGUUGCAGAAGCCAAAAUAACUGGGAAUUCUACCAGCUUAAUUCAGUAUUCUACGGGAGAUUAUUUUGCUAACAUCCAGUCAGGUGGAUUGUCCCUGUCACUAGGAAAGGGACACCAACCUAUUCUCUGUUGGUGAGAGAGAUUGAGAUGAUUGGUCUAAAGAGAGUUCUGCUUUGUGGGUAGAGAGGGAGAGAAUUUUAUUUAUUUCAUUUUCCAUUUCCAAGCACACCUGGUAGAACAGGCUUAGGUGGGUUUGGCUAGCAACCAAACUGCAACCCGCACAGUGAUAGUUGUGUUGGGUGAUUUAUAUUUCUUGUAUUGAAGCAAGAUAUUUAAGUAUGUGUUAGACAGUAGGGGAAGAAUGUUCGAGGAGAAGGCAAGGCUAGCUGACAGAGCAGGUCUUUUAUAGAGGCUUGCCCUGACCAAGUGUUGGGUUUGACUUGGUUCUAAUUGUGACUUGUUUUUGCUAUUCUCUGUACUCUUAAGUUAAUAUGAUCAUCAUUACUGUGAUGCUUGGCAAUGGAUCCCGAGUGCUGGUUUGAAACCAUGAUAGUGGAGAUGGGUGUGCAUAGACACAGAACGUUCAUAAACCAAAUGACCACAGUCGGUUCCCCUCCACAUCUUUGCUUUGGGUCUAGGUCGAGUGAAUUUUCUUAAUCUUGAUUUUAUGUUGAUUCAGGUUCUCUUAUGUAAUUAUAGUACUGCUGGCUUUCAAUAAAGAUCACAUCUUUUUUCUGC